GACUUGCUCUCUGUCCAACCAACGACUGUCUACGCUGCAGGGAUUAUGGCCGAUGGCGCGUCAGCAUCUGGCUCUGGUCUGCCCAAGGCUAUUGGCAGUCUUGCCAAGAAGUCAUCCGACGUGACGCGCCAGGGAACACAAAAACUUAAAUUCACACCUGUUCUCCCAGUUCGCAGACAGGUAAAAAAGGAGUACGUGCCACAUCUACAUUGCUUGUCAGUGUGCCCAGUUGAUAUGCGCGUAGGGAAGUAAAGAGUGAGCCAGCACCAGACGUCCUCUUGCAAGAAUCCGGACGUGGCCGUGGACGAGGCAGAGGCCGAGGGGAGGGUGGAAGAGGCAGAGGACGCGGUGCUCCUCGGGCUCCCGUGGAAAUGACCGCCAGUGGACCAUUCGCUAUGGGUCCGGCAAUGGGGACUGCGCGGAGAUCCAUCCCGAAGUCCAACUUCGUCAUCCCUACUCCUGCCAAUGAUCGCACCUCACUGGGCGCCGGUUUGAAGCGUCUCGAUCAUCCUGUGAAGAGUGAGAAGGGUAAAAACAAAGCCGAGGAAGACGAAGACGCCUAUUCUGAGCCAGAUGAAGGCGUGGAAAUCAUUGACAUGGAGGAUGUCCGGCAGAUGGACUGGAUGGCACCUGAAACUAUCAAAAGGGAGAAGCGCUCCGCCAAAAAGCCCAAGAAGAAAGUCAAGACAGAAGAAUCAACCAUGGAUAUAGAUGCUGAUACUGAAGUCGCUGAGAAUGCAGCUGAGGUUGAUGCGGCCAACGCGCUUGAUCUCAGCGAAAGCGAAGAAGAAGAAGAGUACGAGGACCUGAUUGAACAUUUUGCAAACCAAGAAACUGCAGCUGACUCGGAGGACUCAUCCCUGCGAGAAGAAAGACUCUAUUUCUUUCAAUUUCCUAGUCCAUUUCCAACUUUUCACGCCCCUGCGGCGUCUUCUCCAACUCAUGCCACACCCGAUGCACCUGAAGCUCCGCCGAAGAAAGUCACAUUCGCGGACGACGUCAAAGAUGAACUGCCGCCCGCUAUUUCCUCUCGAGUAUCGUCUGAUGCUUCAGAUUCCAAAGCGGAGAGAGAUACUGUUGAUGGCAUGAUUGGAACCUUGGAGGUUUACAGGAGCGGGGCAGUGAAAAUGCACUUGCAAAACGGAAUUUUGCUCGAUGUUGCAGCUGCGACUCAACCAUCGUUCCUUCAGCAUGCUACCCUGCUUGACCUGAAGGAAAAACAUCUGACUAUCCUUGGCGAAGUGAACAAGCGCUUUGUGGUGUCUCCAGAUGUCGAGACUUUGCUUACAGCAAUGGAGCUUGCGGAGCGUCCAACCAGAAAACAAUCAGCGACAGAUGCCUCGUGA